CUCAAGAAGCAGGAGUCGGGAGCUCAAGAAGCAGCAGUUAUCGGGCGGACUAAUAACCAAAAAAAUAACAGAAAAACGGGUGCGCUCUCUCGCCUUCGUUUCCCUUUGGACGAGCUAAGGGCUCUCUAUAGAAGCGAUCGAUGGGAGCCUUUCUCCGGAUUUCCCUAACGAUCUCGUGCCUUUCCUUGUUUUGGAUUUCCGCGUCGGCGUCAAUUCCGUCGAGGGAAUCGUUGGGGAUAGCUCCUCAAGAUUUGAGUUAUUAUAAAUCGGAUGUGAUCAAGUGCAAGGAUGGAUCGAAAAAAUUCACCAAAGAGCAGCUAAACGACGAGUUCUGCGACUGCCCCGAUGGAACCGACGAACCCGGGACAUCAGCAUGCCCGCAAGGGAAAUUCUAUUGCCCGAAUGCAGGUCACAUUCCUCUCACAGUCUUCUCUUCCCGUGUGAAUGAUGGUAUAUGCGAUUGUUGUGAUGGGAGCGAUGAAUAUAAUGGCAAUGUGAACUGUCCAAAUACAUGUUGGGAGGCUGGUAAAGUGGCCCGGGAGAAAUUGCAGAAGAAGAUAGCGACAUUUCAGAUGGGAGUUACUGUUCGAAGACAGGAAGUAGAAAAGGCAAAACAAGCAUUUGCCCAAGACAAAGCAGAAUUGUCAAAACUUAAAAGUGAAGAGAAGAUACUCAAAGAGCAUGUUCAGAAGCUUAAAGAGCAAAAAGAACGAAUUGAGAAGGCAGAGGAGGAAGAACGUAAAAAAAGGGAGGAGGAACAACGUAAAAAAAGGGAAGCUGAAAGGAAAGCUAAUGAGGCAAAGAAAGCAUUUGAGGAAUCUUCACAUGAUAACAGUGAUCAUGCUUCUGAGAUAUUGUCAGAAUUACCUAAUCAGGAUGCAAUGGAAGAUCACCAUGAUUCUGCAAUAGAAGAGAAGAGUGAUUAUACUGCUGAAACUGAGAUAUUAGAUAGUUGGGCAGUGGGAAAGCAGGUAGCCAAUGAUCAUGAUGACACCAUAGCCAAAUCUGGAGAUGAGACUGAUGAUACAAGCGAAGAAUCAUCUUUCAGUCAUGUGGAAAAGCAGCAUCUGGUUGGAGACCAAGAAGGCACCAUGCCCGAAGCCAAUACUGGCGAUUAUACUAGAAGCAAGGAAGCACCUUCCAGUCAUGUAGUGGAAGAGGGGCAAGUUUCUGACAAUACUGAAGGAUUGUCGAGAGAAGAGUUGGGUCGUCUUGUAGCUUCUCGCUGGACAGGGGAAAAUGCUGCAGAGGAAGAGGAUGGAGUUAAUACUGUGAAGGAAGAAAGACAUGAACAUGAUGAAAACAUUCCAGAAGAAAAUCAUGAUGGUUAUAAUUCAGAUAGUGAUGAAGAUCAUAACUUUGAUGAUGAUGAUUUGGAAGAUGACCCAGAUAUGGAAUUUGGAGAUCAUGGAGAGCCUGCCGGAACCUACAGCUACAAUGGAGAUGACAAAACUGACUAUUCAGAUUUAACUGCCUCUGGUAGCUUAUCAUGGCUGGACAAGAUUCAACAGACUGUCAGUAAUGUUCUUCAAGCUAUCAACAUUUUCAAAAGUCCAGUAAACAUAUCAGAAGCUGAUGCUGUCCGAAAAAAUUAUGAUGACUCAAGCUCAAAGUUGUCCAAAAUACAGUCAAGAAUAUCCAGUCUAAAUGAAAAGCUGAAACAUGAUUUUGGCAAGGAUAAAGAAUUUUAUUCAUUCUAUGAUCAUUGCUUUGAGAGCAAGCAGAACAAGUAUGUCUACAAGGUCUGUCCAUUUAAGAAAGCCUCCCAGGUCGAAGGGCACAGUACCACCCAAUUGGGGUACUGGGAUAAAUUUGAGGAGUCAUACAGAGUCAUGCUAUUUUCCAACGGAGAUAGAUGUUGGAAUGGCCCUGAUAGAAGUCUAAAGGUUAGGCUUAGGUGUGGACUGAAAGAUGAGCUUUUGGAUGUUGAUGAACCAAGCCGAUGCGAGUAUGCAGCUAUACUAUCAACUCCAGUCCUAUGUGUAGAAGAGAAGUUGAAGGAACUGCAGGAGAAACUUAAGGAUGCGAAUGCAAAUCGACCCUCUGUUAAUGACGAGCUAUGAGGAUUUUUGCACAAUUUGCAGAGAACAAAACAUGAAGAAGUGCUUCCGGUCACACUCGUUUGAGCUUGAGAGGUUCAUUAGAACUUAGAAGCCUUUCUUGUUGGAGCAAUGGAGAAGUUUGAGACGGCCCCAUGUAGGCAGCAUAAUGAAUGGAUGUCGUGAAGCGACCUCCCAGUAGUUAAAAGUUUUUGAGCUCACCUUAUGCUGCUGUUGUAAUUCUUUUGUUGCCCUUCAACCCGAAUGAAUGCUGAUUGAGAAUAGAGAAUAUCAAGGCAACUCUUAGUUUAAUUUAUUUAGAUGAUCUUCUUGCACUUGUAUUGCUGAUCAAUAUGAAUUCUCAUUAGUUAUUAUUGUAUAGUAAUUGUUCUGUCGUGAUAAGAUCAACCUGUAAACUAUUCGUUCAUCAUGGUGGCCCAAAAGUCCGGAGAAUUCUCAAAAACAAGAAUAUAUUGCUCUCGAGAGCCAUCAUUCUUUUAUUUUCUCAAGAUCAA